GAUGUCUGAUAACUGAGGGAGGAGGGCUGAGAUGAGAGCGGAGAUUUCUGUGCCAACGGACUCUAAAAGUGAGAAAGAGCGGAGGUACAACCUGUGUGAUAUACCAUUGCACGCUCGCAUUUCUAGCGAGGAUGUCCUAAAAUGGUUUCCAUAUCCGUAUGUCAGUGACACAGCCGGAUUCCCCCCACGCCGGCCCCUUCCAUUCUCCCUAUACUUGUUCCUUCAUAGAUGAGUCCCUGUCCCCUUUCCUUGUGCACAGCCGCCCAGCCUGGAGACUAGCACUACAUGCCGCCCGGGGGCUUCACUCUCCUGUGUCACUUUCAUCUCUGCAGUGGUCACCAGUCAAUGCUGUGAGCCUCCAAUAGCCGAGCAUUCCCCAAGGAGAAGCUACGAAACAAGGCUGCCAUGGCUCUCACUUUAUUCGACAACGACGAAUACCGGCCUCCUGUAUGGAAAUCAUACUUGUAUCAGCUGCAGCAAGAGGCUCCUCACCCCCGGAGAAUUACUUGUACUCGAGAGGUGUUAAAAAGACCAAAGUACUACGGAAGAGAAUUUUUUGGUAUGAUUUCAAGAGAGGAAACAGACCAAUUGUUAAGUGGGGCAGAAGGAAGUUAUCUCAUUCGUGAGAGUCAGAGGCAACCUGGAACAUACACUUUAGCACUGAGAUUUGGGAACCAGACCAGGAACUUUAGGCUCUACUCUGAUGGGAAACACUUUGUCGGAGAGAAAAGGUUCGAGUCCAUUCAUGACUUGGUGACUGAUGGCUUGAUUACACUCUACAUUGAGACUAAGGCAGCGGAAUAUAUUGCCAAGAUGACGAUAAAUCCCAUUUAUGAACAUAUAGGAUACACAACUCUAAACAGAGAGCCAGCACAGAAAAAGCAAAUGCCUGCCCUGAGAGAGGCACAUGUGGAAAAAGACUGUCCAGUAGAAGAUGGCUUAUCAGAGAAAAGGUUAACCUCUCUUGUACGAAGAGCGACAUUAAAGGAGAAUGAGCAGAUUCCCAAGUAUGAGAAAGUUCAUAAUUUCAAGGUACACACAUUCAGGGGCCCUCACUGGUGUGAGUACUGUGCCAACUUCAUGUGGGGACUCAUCGCUCAGGGUGUCAAAUGCGCAGACUGUGGAUUGAAUGUUCACAAGCAGUGUUCCAAGAUGGUUCCAAAUGACUGCAAGCCGGACUUAAAGCAUGUAAAGAAAGUUUACAGUUGUGACCUGACCACAUUGGUAAAAGCACACAACACUAAAAGGCCAAUGGUUGUCGAUAUGUGUAUUAGAGAAAUAGAGUCUAGAGGUCUCUCGUCAGAAGGAUUGUACAGAGUAUCAGGUUUUACUGAUCUAAUUGAAGAUGCCAAAAUGGCUUUUGACAGAGAUGGGGAGAAGGCUGAUAUUUCUGUGAAUGUAUAUGAAGAUAUCAACAUUAUAACCGGUGCCUUGAAACUAUAUUUUAGGGAACUACCAAUCCCAAUCAUUACAUACGAUGCCUACCCAAAAUUCCUAGAGUCUGCAAAAGCUCCAGAUCCUGAUGCACAACUAGAAACCCUUCAUGACGCAUUGAAGCUGCUCCCUCCAGCUCACUGUGAAACACUACGCUAUCUCAUGGCCCAUUUGAAAAGGGUAACCCUACAUGAGAAGGACAAUUUAAUGAGUGCAGAGAACCUUGGUAUAGUGUUCGGCCCAACUCUCAUGCGAGCCCCGGAACAAGAUGCCAUGGCUGCACUGAAUGAUAUCCGUUAUCAAAGGCUAGUGGUGGAGAUGCUGAUCAAGAAUGAAGACAUUCUAUUUUAAAUAUCAGGAAGAAAUCAUUUGUGAGAUGAAUAAUGUUAAUAAAUGAAGGAUAGUUUUGCAACAUAGUGAGCAGUUCGCUACCAGGCGAAUCCCUAAUUUCCUACGUGUACAGCAUACAGAAACGACAGGCUUCUUGUUGUGGCAAUCAGAUGUAUAUUGUAGCAGUAAGCUUCUGUAAUAUUACUGCAUUGUGUUUACAGUGUAACCACUUUCACAUGAUUGCAUGACUCUCCGUUUUUGUCGGGGAUUUCCUUGAAAAACAAAUACUAUCUAGAAAAAAAGCCUCUUCCCAAGCAGGUAGUGAAUGUAUCAUGGCAUGUCUCCCCCCCCCUGUGCAACUUGGUCUUUUUGUUCCACCCAAUCAGAUUACCACGUUGAGUUGAUCUCAUGAAUAACAUCUGUUCUGUUCAUUUCACUUCUUUUUCUUGCUUUGUGUUUUCUUUUUGCCAAGUUUGUGUAUGGUUUGGAAGAGGAAACCUGGGAGUUCUGAAUGUUUUAUUCCUUUUCAGUGUGGUGCUUGUGAUUUAAAAUGGCAACAACAAUUAUUAUUUUUUUAAUUGUAUUUUUGUAUUUUUCAACCAGCAUGUAUGUAUUAAUUUAUUAAAUCUAGGUUUUAGAAACCUU